CCUCUCUCUCUCUCUCUCUCUCUCUCUCUCUGUAGCUGGGGAGGGUGCGACUCGAAAAAGGACAGAGGGGAGGAGAGGGAGACCCGGUUAGGCGUGGAUUCCUUUCUUGGUAAUGGGGUGGACUUUGAGGCGGUAAUGUAAGGGAGAAGAGCUGAUUUCAGCCGCCAUGGAUCCGCCUUUCUCCGGAUUCGUACUCGACCCAGCUAAGUGCCGUAAGCUGAGCAUUGAAGAAAAGAGAGAACUCAUUCGUGAAUUGUCAAAAUGGCCAGAGAGUGCCCCUGAAAAGCUGCAGGCAUGGAGCCGCCGGGACCUUUUAGAGAUCUUAUGUGCAGAGCUUGGAAAGGAGAGGAAGUACACAGGUUUAACAAAGCAGAAAAUGAUAGAAUAUCUUUUCAGAGUUGUGUCUGAGAAGAAAUCCAGGGAGCAUGGAGAAGACAUGGACUCAGCUCCAGAACCACCAAAACCUAACUCUGAGACUCCAUCCAAAAGACAAAGAAAGAAUGAUCAUCCAUCACGUCUACCUGUUGCAACAAGCGAUCUCCCUGUAAGUGAUGGGAACGAAGCUACAAAUAAUAUUCGAUACUGUCAGAAUUUAGCUUGCAGGGCUAGUCUUACCCUACAGGAUGCAUUCUGCAAACGGUGCUCCUGCUGUAUAUGUCACAAGUAUGAUGAAAACAAGGACCCUAGCCUCUGGCUGUUUUGUAGUUCAGACACUCCAUCUCAAGGUAAUUCAUGUGGUUUGUCAUGUCAUCUCAAGUGCGUACUUAACCAUGAAAAAGCUGGCAUUCUGAAGAAUGGACAGUCUACAAGAUUGGAUGGCAGUUACUACUGCAUAUACUGUGGAAAAGUGAAUGAUUUACUAGGAUGCUGGAAAAAGCAACUCAUGAUUGCGAAAGAUGCUCGACGGGUGGAUGUACUAUGCCAUCGGAUUUUUAUUAGCCAUAAACUUCUCAGCUUAACAACAAAAUAUCAAAGCUUGCAUGAGCUUGUGGACAUAGCAAUGAAGAAGCUGGAGGCUGAGGUUGGGCCAAUCACUGAUCUGCCAAACAUGGCACGUGGGAUUGUCAACAGACUAUCUGUUGGUGCUGAAGUUCAGAGGCUGUGUGCACGUGCUGUAGAGUUACUAGACACUAUGCUUUCUAGUGGCCUAUCAGUUGACCCUCAAGUACAGGAAGAAAAAUCGAUAUCAUCCAGCUUUAUAAAAUUCGAGGCCAUCUCUGCAACUUCUCUUACUGUUGUGUUAGAAGACAAUACAACAUUAUCACAAGAGAUAGUUGGUUUCACUGUGUGGCGUCGAAAGGCUGACACUGCAGACUAUCCCACAGAACCAUUUUGUACUUUAUUUAACCCAAAGAAACGGUUCGAGGUAACAGAACUUGCUCCAGCUACAAAAUACAUGUUCAAGGUGAUCGCUUUCAGCAACACAAGGGCAUUGGGAAGGUGGGAAGUUGGAAUCACAACUGAAGGGAUCUCAAAGAAUGGUUCAAAGGACUUGGUACCAGAAGCAGCUUCAAUAAAACUGCAUUGUGGAAGUCCGAAGACAAACAGCAGUGGCCUUUCUAAUCAUACUUCAGAAGGAGAUGAAUCUAACAAUACUACUGCGUAUGCUGACCUGAACAAGUCGCCUGAAAGUUGUUAUGGUUAUACUGAGAAGCCUGAGAUUCUUGACUCAGCAAAAAUAUCUGAGCACACCUGCAAAAAUACAGGCCAUUCACAGGAUGCUAUUAUGGGUAACAUAAGUGGAACAGAAGGUACUGAGCUGGGGGAAACACCAGGACACUCUGGUUCUGCCUUGGAUGAGGAACCCAAUUCAACCAUUCAGAGUGAGUCCCAUCGGGGUUCCAGUAAUUCAAUGGAGCACAACCAGACAAUUGAUGUCCCAAAGUCCGAGAAUGAAUCUAAUGCACCGGUUGGAAAAGAGAUGGUGAUUGUUCCAUAUGGACGCUCUGAUGCAACCCUGCCUGUCACUCCCUGCAGGUUGGAAACUGGUAAAGAAGGUUCUGGAAGGAGCGGUAAAGUAAAGUUAGGGGGCAAUGUACUUGAGAAUGGCCCAUCAAAAGCAGAUAGGGAACCAGGGAGCUCAUCAAAGAAAAGAAGUGCAGGGAAGUGCGAGGAGAUGUGUAUCAAAGAUGGAUCACUGGAAGGAGCAUACGAGUAUUGUGUCAAGGUUGUUAGGUGGCUGGAGUGCGAGGGACACAUUGAGACCAACUUUAGGAUUAAGUUUCUGACUUGGUUCAGCUUGCGUGCAACACCACAAGAGAGAAGAAUUGUAAGUGUGUAUGUUGAUACGCUAAUUGAUGAUCCUGCAAGCCUUGCAGGGCAGCUGGUGGACACCUUUUCGGAAACAGUCUGCAGCAAGAGACCUCCACCAGUGCCAACUGGGUUCUGCAUGAAGCUCUGGCAUUGAGAUUGGAGAUCGAUCCUUCUCUGGGUAAUAUAUGAGCCCAAUUCUUUGGAUGCAAAUUGUUGCAUCAAUUCUUCAUUGAACAUUCCAUUUAUGGAUCAGUUGUUUCAGGUUGAUUCAUACAUUAGCUCAUUAUCAUUGAAGCUUUCCAUCUUUAUAACUGUAGCUUUCAUUCAUAGAACUAGUUUCUUUUCCUUGGUUUUUUGGUGCUUAGGGAAUUGUAAUGUUCUGCUCUUUAUCUUUGCAAGAAUACCAGGCACUCUUUAUUCUGUACUAAACCUAUUUACUCUUGCUGAAAUUAUACUCUUUGCUA